UCGACUUGGAGUUGCUAUCGCGAGGAAAAAGAAGAAACUUGAGAGUACUCAAGGUUCAGGAAACAGCUGAAACAUACACAAAAGGGCAAACUUAAAGGAAUUAAGUCAUGAUGAAUUCCACCAAAGUUCAUGUUUUAGUUCUGCCAUAUCCUGCCCAAGGCCACAUAAACCCCUUGCUCCAAUUCUGUAAACGUUUGGUGGCAAAAGGUGUCAAAACCACCUUUGUCAACAGCGUCUUCAUCUCCAAGUCUAUCCCCGCAGAUCCCAAGAGCGCAAUUAACUUCGAGACCAUUUCAGAUGGCCAUGAUGAAGGUGGCUAUGCGGCAGCUGAAAGCACCGGGGCCUAUCUUGAAAAACUGGCCACCUUCGGCUCAAAGAAGUUGGCUGAUCUUAUCAGGAAGCUUGAAGACAAGGGCGAACCAGUUCAGGCCGUGAUUUAUGAUUCACUCUUGACAUGGGCUCUUGAUGUAGCUAAGCAAUUUGGACUUGUUGCAGCUUCUUUUUUCACUCAAACUUGUGCUGUAAACAGCAUCUACUACAAUGUUUAUCAUGGACUUCUACCGGUCCCUCUUUCAGACUCACCUAUUUCCCUUCCUGGAUUGCCACUGCUCCAACCAAAGGAAACUCCAUCCUUUGUUUACCUUCCCGAUUCGUCUCCUGCUUUUCUUCACUUGCUUGUCAAUCAGUUCUCCAACGUUGAUCAAGCAGAUUGGGUCAUCCUCAACAAUUUCCACAAAUUGGAGGAAGAUGCGCUGAAUUGGAUGGCGAAACUUUGGCGAGUGAUUACAGUCGGUCCAACAGUUCCAUCCAUUUACUUGGAUAAACGCCUUGAGGAUGAUAUCGGUUAUGGAAUAAAUCUCUUCAAGCCGGAAUCCAGCUUGUGCAUCAACUGGCUAAAUAGUCAACCUAAGGACUCGGUUGUUUAUGUAUCAUUUGGUAGCUGGACAGAAAUUGACGUAGAACAAGUGGAGGAAAUAGCUUCAGCUUUGAAGGAAAGCGGAUUCAAAUUCUUGUGGGUCGUGAGAACAUUUGAGAAGGAAAAGCUUCCAAGCAAAUUUGCUGAGGAGACAUCCGAGAAAGGUUUGGUGGUGACAUGGAGUCCACAGCUUGAGGUGUUGGCACAUGAAUCUGUCUCUUGUUUUGUUACUCAUUGCGGCUUCAAUUCAGUGCUAGAGGCGUUGAGUUUAGGGGUGCCGGUGGUGGCAGCGCCGCAGUGGACAGACCAGCCCACCAAUGCUAAGUUUCUCGUAGACAUUUGGGGGGUUGGUGUAAAGGCUGAUGCGGAUGAGAAAGGAAUUGUGAGAAGGGAAACGUUAGUUUCUUGUAUAAGCGAGAUUAUGGAGGGAGAAAAGGGAAAGCAGAUUAAAGAGAAUGCCAUUGAAUGGAAGGCUUUAGCUAAAGAAGCUAUUGAUGACGGUGGAAGUUCUGAUAAGAACAUUGAUGAAUUUGUCGCCGGAUUAGCAGGCCAGAAAGCCAAGAAGUAGACGUAGAUGCUACACUGAAAAGGGCAACGUACCUUGUCCUCAAAAAGUACUCUCGUAAUAAAUAAUUUAGUACUUUUAUAUUUGUAAUAAUUUUCUUGUACUGACAAAUUCAAUGUCAUGAUUCGUGUUUCUUUGAAAUAUAUGAAGUAAAUGAGGCAACUUCUAUAUUUUUUUA